AUGGACUCACUGCGCCCGCCACAGUCAAUGGCUUCUCAAAGAAGAGCGAGUAGGGAGGGCCACGAGGAUAAAUAUGACAAGAACAGCAAAGAAGUCAAGGCGAGUCCUUCACACUCCACUAUGGGUUUGAUUGAGCAGGAGUCAGACGAUGUAGACCCGUGGGACCUUCCGGAGAUGAAGGACACCGGAGUACCGUGGUCAGCUCUGGAUGCCAAAGGCAAGGUGCUGAGGGUGCUGCUGUCAGUGAUGAAGCUGAUUCUGCUGCUUGGUUUCCUCUACAUGUUCAUCUGCUCCCUUGACAUCCUUAGCUCAGCUUUUCAGCUCGUUGGAGGUAAAACAGCAGGUGACAUCUUCCAGGACAACUCAAUUUUGUCUAACCCGCUGGCUGGACUGGUUAUCGGUGUUCUGGUCACUCUGCUGGUCCAGAGCUCAUCCACUUCCUCCUCUAUUGUGGUCAGCAUGGUUUCCUCAGGGUUGCUAACUGUCCAGGUAGCUGUUCCUAUCAUCAUGGGCACUAACAUUGGCACCUCUGUAACCAAUACGCUUGUGGCCAUGACGCAGGCUGGUGAGCGCAGCACCUUUCGCAGGGCUUUUGCAGGCGCCACAGUGCACGACUUCUUCAACUGGCUGUCUGUGCUGGUGCUGCUGCCUCUGGAAGUUGCUACGGGUUAUUUGUACAAGGUCACCAAGCUUAUCAUCGACUCCUUUCACAUCCAGAGUGGAGAGCCCCCAGACCUGUUAAACGUGAUCACUGACCCCCUCACUGAGUCCAUCAUAGAGCUGGAUCAGUCUGUCCUCAGUGGAAUGGCCACUGGAGAUGAAGAAGCCCGAAAUAAGAGUCUCAUUAAGAAAUGGUGCCUAACCUAUACCAACACAACCUUAAUGAAUGUCACAGUUCCAGGACCAGAGAACUGCACCUCUCCCACACUCUGCUGGGUUGACGGCAAUUACACCUUUACACUGAAGAAUGUGUCCGAAACAUAUAAUCUACAGAAAUGUAAGCAUCUCUUUGUGAACGUGAGUUUGCCUGACAUGGCAGUGGGUCUAAUCCUGCUGGCUCUCUCUCUGCUGGUUCUCUGCUCUUGCUUGAUCCUUAUUGUCAAGUUGCUUAACUCCAUGCUAAAGGGACAGGUCGCUGUAGUCAUCAAGAAGAUCAUCAACACAGAUUUCCCAUUUCCAUUCAGCUGGGUCACGGGUUAUAUUGCCAUCAUAGUUGGUGCUGGAAUGACUUUCAUUGUGCAGAGCAGUUCGGUGUUCACAUCAGCUAUUACUCCACUUGUUGGGAUUGGUGUCAUCAGCAUAGAGAGAGCAUACCCACUAUCUUUGGGUUCAAAUAUUGGCACCACCACAACAUCCAUUUUGGCAGCCAUGGCAAGUCCAGGAGAAACACUGGGUAAUGCUCUACAGAUUGCUCUUGUGCACUUCCUGUUCAACAUCUCUGGCAUCAUUCUGUGGUACCCAAUCCCCUUCACCCGCAUCCCCAUCCGGCUGGCUAAAAGUAUAGGGAACGUCACAGCCAAGUAUCGCUGGUUUGCUGCUGUCUACAUCAUUUUCUGCUUCUUUGUUUUGCCACUCUUUGUAUUCAGCCUGUCACUGGCUGGUUGGCAGGUACUUGUGGGCGUAGGUGUACCUCUGGUGGUCAUGUUGAUCAUAAUUUUGAUCAUUAACGUGCUGCAGAAACGAAAACCUGGGUGUCUGCCUGCAGUGCUGCGAUCCUGGGACUUUCUCCCUCUCUGGGCCCACUCCCUGGCUCCCUGGGAUAAAGUGGUUACUGGGAUUGCAGCCAAAUGUUGUUGCUGCUGUAAAUGCUGCCAAGUUGUAUCUGAUAACCAAGAACAAGAAGUACAAUCCAUGGAAAAAGGCAGUAAAAUGCAGACAGCUGUGUAUGACAACCCCAUGAUGAAUGCAGAGAAAGAAGUACAAAAUGAAACAAAGAUAGAGCUAAAGAUUUUGAAUAUGACCAGGCUUUGA